GAAAUGCUCACACACAGUAGAACCCAGCCCUGACUGUGUGAUAUCCCCGCACUAUUGUAUUGUAUUGUAUUGUUCUUUUGUUGUCUUUACGAACGCAGAACUUCACAAUAUGAGGAGCGCUUCUCUUUGCUUUGUACUUAUUUGUGUUCAUCAGGGUCUCAUCUUUCCAUCUGGUGCAGACAGAGUCAAAGACUGGACAGAUGUGGUCAUGGUGCCGGAGGGGACGGCGGUCACCCUGCGCUGCUCUGAUGGACCAGCUGUACUCUCUGAACGGGUCACCUGGAUGAUGAUGCGGCCAAAAGAGAACCGCUGGACAUCAGUGUUUUCGGUGAAUACCAGCAGGGGGGUCACUGGCCGGCUCCUGAGCAAACUGGGAGACAAAAUUAUCCAGAUAUUUGAAGAUGUGUCGCUUCAGUUCACCGCCUCUGCGAAUGACGGAGGGCGGUACUCGUGCCUGAUGAUGCAGGGAAGCGAGACGUACAGAGAGAAGAUCACUCUUCUGGCUCUCGUUAAACUGAUUUUAGCUCCGGCUCCCCCUGUUCCUGUGAACAGCACUCUGAGGCUGGAAGCUCAGGUUUCUCCUGUUUUUGCUGUUGCUGGUGGAACGUGGCUGUCGCCUGCAGAUGUGCCGUUACUCACCGUAGCUCCUUCUCCGGGCACUCUUCUCACCAAGCUGCCGUGGGUCAACCACAGAGACAAUGGGCUCUACACCUGCAGCAUCCACAUCAGUGGCCAGAGCAGCAAGUCUCAGUACAACUUUACAAUGAGUGUAAAAGUAGACGAGAAUAAAGUGGCCUCGGUCCCAAAUAUUAUAUACGACCCCACCCUCUCCAAGGCAUCUCUCGCCCAGUCCACAGUCACGCUCUCCUGCCCUUCUAUCCACGGUGACUAUGUGCGGGUCUACUGGUGGUGUGCUGACUGCUCAAAGGUGCUACCAAAAAAAGUCUUCCAGUCUGAUCGCUGGAGGAAUCACAUGAUCUCAACCCCAAAGCCCCGCCUCCAACUGCAAGAUAAUGGAGAAAACAUCUCCUUUCUUCUGAGGCCUGAACUGGACGACGCUGGCCAGUACCAGUGUGAGGUCUUUCUGAACGACAAGGUGUAUGGCCAGUCGACAACGGUGACUGUUUUAAAAGGGAAUGCGAAAUCCUCUUCUUCCUCUCUGGACCUGACCUGUACGUAUGCCAUGCGCUCUCAGGUGGCGAAGGUGAAGUGGAUUCACAUCCAGCGGCCCAACUUUCAGCUGCCAGUCAGAGCAGUUAUAGGCCGACUGACCGCCUCUGUCGCUCUUCCUGUCACCCCCAAGACGGCCGGCCAGUACGCCUGCACUCUGCAGCUGAAGUCUGGGCAAACGGUUAGAUAUACAUACAAUGUUCCACUGACUCCAACAGAGCGACCUUGCUGUGGGAGUGAUCUGCCUGCUAAAGCCACCACAGAUCACUCUGCAGAACCUCCUCUGCCACCUGCUGAGCCGUCUGCAGUCCUCUCUGCUCUUUCUCUCCUCCUGUUUGUGGUACCCGUGGUUGCCGUGGCUGUGGGGAUGUUGCUGUGGAGGCGGGGCUGCUGCUCGUCUCGUCAGAACGUAGAUGUGGAGCGCACUCUGUCUCACUACUCUGGAGAAGUGGAGAACAUCUACGAGAACCCUGAGGAUCUGAGACAGUCUUCCCCACAUGGUGCUGUUUAUAUGGACCUGAAGCCCACCGGAGAGGCGGACGUGUAUAAGGAAUUAGACAGAUACGACCCGUGCUGUGGAUAAGUUUUCUCAAGUGGAUGAUGAACUCAAAUUAAUGUAUAAGUAAUGUUGGCAGGCAGUAAUAUCUGUUGAAAUAAAAACCUGUAAAUAA